AUGGCAUGUAUUGCUUACUCAAUUACAAACACUGCGUUGUAUGAUACUUUGGGCCCCGCUACAAGUCAAUAUAUUUUAGAACUCACUGAAUCUCCAAUCGUAUUAUGUUCUAAAGAUAAGAUCGAGAGAUUAGUUGCGCUUAAAAGAGCCAAGCCCUCCUUGACCAAUUUGAUUGUUAUUGUGUCUAUGGAUAAACUUGAUGAUGUGAAAGAUGCACAUUUGAAACCUCUUGCUGCUGCAAAUCAGAUUUCCUUGUAUGACUAUGAUCAAGUUGAGAAACUUGGAGAGGCAAACCCAUUAGCUCCCAUUCCACCAACACCAGAUACUGCGUUUACUAUAUCCUUUACUUCUGGAACUACCGGUGCCCAUCCAAAAGGAGUGGUCUUAACUCAUGAGAAUGCAGUUGCUGCUUCAACAUUUAGAUUUGUCAAAGAUUUCAAGCCAAGUAACGUCAGGUUGUAUGCGUAUUUGCCAAUGGCACAUAUUUUUGAAAGAGGCAACAUUCAACAAGCGUUAACAGUUGGAGCAGAAGUUGGUUUCCCACUGAGCAGUACCAUCGCUACUUUAUAUGAUGAUGCGAGAGAGUUGCAACCAUCGCCACUUCCAACCGUGCCCCGAAUUUUAUCCAAAUUGUAUGCUGCCGUUAAAGCAGAAACGGUCAACAAUACUGAAAAGCCAUGGGUCAAGUACAUUUAUACAAGGGCUAUAAAUGAGAAGUUGAGAUUACAAGCUGAGCAAAAAGAUGAUGAUGUGAACCCACGUCAUCCAGUUUAUGAUGUAUUCCUUGACGCAUUGAGAGAAAAAUUUGGGUUAAAGAGCGUGGAAUAUUUGGUAACGGGUUCCUCACCCAAUAGUCCCAACACAUUAAAAUUCUUGAAAGCGGCAUUGAAUAUAGGGAUUUCUAAUGGCUAUGGAUCCACUGAAUCAUUUGCUGGUAUUAUGAGGACCAAGAGCUUCGAUCACAACCCAGGGUCUGUUGGUCCAAUUGGAAUCACCACCGAGUGCAGAUUGAAAGAUUUGCCCGAAAUGAAUUACACCACAAGAGACAAAGGUGGUCCCAGAGGUGAGUUACUCUUGCGUGGUCCACAAAUUUUCAAAAAAUACUACAAAAAUCCAGAAGCAACUGCUGAAGCUUUUGACAAAAAUGGUUGGUACCAUACCGGAGAUGUUGCACGUGUAGAUACUGAAAACAACAAUCAAGUCUUUAUUAUUGAUCGUGUCAAGAAUUUUUUCAAAUUGGCCCAAGGAGAAUUUGUUUCCCCUGAAAGGAUUGAAAAUACGUACUUGGCUUCAAACCCACAUCUUCACCAACUUUUCGUUCAUGGUAACUCACUUGAAUCUUUCUUGGUCGGUAUUGUUGGAUUGGACCCCGUCACAAUCGGUGCGUACUUGAAGGACAAGUUUGAUGAUGAAAUCCGCAACCAAAGUGAUAUACUUAGACUUUUGAAUGAUCCUGUCAACAAAAAGAAGUUUCUUUUGGAUUUAAACGCUUCUGUUAAGCAUCAAUUACAAGGGUUUGAGAAGCUACAUAACAUUGAAAUUUACUUUGAGCCAUUGACGGUCAAAAGGGAAGUUAUUACGCCAACUCAAAAGAUUAGAAGACCACUCUGUACAAAGUUUUUUCAAGAGAAUUUAGACAGAAUGUAUCUGGAGGGCUCCAUUUUGAAAAAUGAGAGGUUAUAA